AUGGUUGCCCGGCCACUACCCAUCAUUCAGCCAAAAGCUGUACCUCUCGGAACUCCGGAAUUCGAAGAGAAACGAGCAGCACUGCUCCGAACGCUCGAGGAGUCGAUUCCUCGAGAGUACUAUCUACCGCAAGAGAUCUUCGACAAGAAGCCUACGGAUGUCUCCACGAUUCCAAGCACAUGUGGACUUUUAAGCUCCGAGGAGAUUCAAAUCACCGAACAAUACGAUGCCGUCAGUCUCGCUGAAGCGAUUGCCACUCGCAAGUUCACAGCCGUGGCUGUUGCAAAGGCCUUUUGCAAACGUGCUGCUAUCGCACAUCAAUUGACGUGCUGUCUGACUCAAUUCUUCGAACCAGAGGCCCUGGAAAGAGCGGCCCAGCUCGACGAAUACCUCGAGAAGAACGGAAAAACCAUCGGCCCGCUCCAUGGUGUCCCUGUCAGCAUCAAGGAGCACAUGCCAACGGCUGGACACUACUCGUCUGCUGGCGAGUUUUCUACGCUUGUCAAGGAUGACAAAGAUGCGCUCCUGAUUCAAAUCGUCCGCGAGGCCGGUGCUGUGUUUUAUUGCAAGACCAACCAACCUCAGGGCAUUAUGCAUCUCGAAACCACCUCGUUCUACGGGCGUACUCUGAACCCCUACAACAUCAACCUCUCGUGUGGUGGCUCUACCGGAGGAGAAGCGGCCUUAAUAGCCUUGAAAGGCUCAGUACUGGGGAUUGGUACCGACAUCGGUGGCAGCAUCCGUGGUCCGUCAGCCUUCUGUGGCAUAUAUGGAUUCAAACCCACAUCCUACACCCUGCCAAUGACCGGCAUGCUGCACGCACCAUUCCCGGCCGAACUCAACAUUCUGUGCUCGAUUGGCCCCAUGUGCCGCACCAUGAGAGACAUGGAGUUCUUCACAAACGUCAUCCUUGAUGCGAAGCCGUACUUGGAGGAUCCAAGAUUGAUCCCCAUCCCAUGGACUGGUCUCAAGACCGAGGUACCCAAGAAGUUGAAGAUCGGAAUCAUCUCCCACGACGGCUUCAUUGACCCUCAGCCCCCGGUCAAGAGAGCUGUCGCAUGGGCCAAAGAACAGCUUUCUGAUCCCAAGUAUGCAGAUCUUUUUGAGAUCAAGGACUUCACACCGUACGAUGCUGCUGGUGCCUGGUCUAAAAUCAGACGCAUGUACUGGCCAGAUGCCGCCGCGGGAAUCAGGGAGGCCAUCGCAUGCACGGGAGAGCCGGAACUGUCACUCAGUUCGUGGAUUUACAAAGACGCCGAGCCUGAAGGCAUGCAGACCGCCACGGCCGUCAGCUAUAUGCGGCAUGAAAGGGACAACUACCGCAUGGCCUUCGCAAAGGCCUGGAACAAACAAGAUGUCGAUGUUGUUAUCGGGCCAUGCUUUGUAGGCCCCGCCUCGAUGCAUGACACUGCAUUCUACUGGACCUACACCUCGCUGUAUAACUUUGUCGACUACCCUGGCGUGGUGUUCCCUACGCCGAUCAAGGCCGAGGCUGGCGAGCAAUAUGCGUCCGACUACAAACCUCUCAGUGACGCAUGUCAGCAUGUCAAGCAGCUUUGGGAAGAAGGGAACUUUGAGGGCGCGCCGAUCAAUCUCCAGAUCAACGCACGGAAAUAUCAUGACAAUCAACUGUUUGGUGCUUUGACGUUGUUGAAGGAUGCUCUGCAGUUGCCGUAG